AUGAAAGAAAUACAAAAUAUUAAUUUCCGUUCUAGUGAAGAUUCUAGUAACGGUUCUAAUAACGGGUCCAAUAACGGGUCCAAUAAAAAACCCAAACCUAGCAAUAAUCAUAUUGUAUCUGAAUUCCCUCGAAAGUAUUACUGUUACCGUCACAGGCCUGAUCUUCAAAAGGCCAGAAUGACAAACGAACCUACUAUGGAGGAACUUUUAAAACGAACCGAAAGUCUUCCUCAAGAUGAAAAAGAAAAGGUCCAAGCUAUUUGGUCUCUUUUCGAAACUGUUUCCGGCGAGAGUCGUCUUAUUACUUUGGAAGGAAUUGUUUCAAAGUGCUGCCUUAAUCAAUUAGCUUUCUUAUCUGAUAAUCUUAAAAGUAUUAUCAGAAUUGAUUUCAUAUCUGUACUCCCUCAAGAAAUCGCAUUUCACAUUUUAUCCUAUCUAGAUGCAAUUUCAUUAUGUCAUGCUGCACAAGUGAGUAAGCAUUGGAAUCGACUCUCCGACGAUGAUGUUGUAUGGCAUAAAUUAUGUGAACAACAUAUUGAUAAAAAAUGUACCAAAUGUGGUUGGGGUCUUCCAUCUUUAUGGAAUCAAAAAAAAAGACGGCGACAAACUUUGGCAUCUCCCGUUCUAGCGACAUGUGGUCCUACUCUUAAUUUUCAACGAUCACGUCCUCCAUCAACCCCAUCCUCUGCUUCUAACACUGCUCCCUCCACCCCGAGUACUUCGGGAUAUGAUUCGCAUGAUUCACAUGAUGAUAUUCGUACAUCUCAAAAUGGACCUACUCACCAGAAUCAAUAUAUUCUUCCAUGGAAGGAGAUUUACUCCGAAAGACUUGUUUUAGAACGUAAUUGGCGUAAAGGCCGUUAUCAAGUUCGUGUAUUGAGGGGACAUACAGAUGGAGUGAUGUGUUGUCAAUAUGAUGAUUGUAAUAAUCAACUCAUUACUGGAUCAUAUGAUAAUACAGUUCGUGUAUGGGAUAUAGAGACAAGUGAAUGUAUCCGGGUAUUAGUGGGGCAUACUCGAUGUGUUCGAGCUUUACAGUUCGACGAUUCAAAACUUAUAACGGGUUCAAUGGAUAACACGUUAAAAAUAUGGAACCGUCACACAGGGAAGUGUGUUAAAACUCUUGCAUGUCAUACAGGCGGAGUAAUUUGCCUUCACUUUGAUGAUCAUAUUUUGGUUAGUGGUUCGGCUGAUUGUUCCAUUAAGGUUUGGAACUUUAAUACGUGUGAAUGUUAUACUUUAACAGGUCACACGGAAUGGGUAAAUCAGGUUGUGAUCUUUCAAAAGACACAACUAUUUUCGUGUUCGGAUGACUUUACAAUAAAGACAUGGAAUUUGGAUUCAAGAACAUGUACACGGACUCUUGUUGGACAUAAUGCACAAGUUCAGUGCAUUCAACCAGCAUUUUCAUUAUUAUUUCCAAAUUUAAAUUUAAAAAAUGGGGGUGGAAGUGGUGGAAGUGGUGGAAAUGGUGAUGUUGUACGUAAAUGUGCUCAAAAUCAAAGUGAAUUGAAUGAUUGUAAUAGGGAAAGUCAUCCCGUAAUAAUUUCAGGAUCAUUAGAUAAUAUAAUUAAGAUAUGGUCAAUUGAAACGGGAGAAUGUCUCAAAACUUUAUUUGGUCAUGAAGAUGGAAUUUGGUCACUUGCAGUUGAUAAAUUACGACUGGUAAGUGGAGCUCAUGACCACACGGUUAAGAUUUGGGAUAAAGAUUGUUCUGGUGAAUGUAUGCACACUUUAUAUGGUCAUAGUGGAGCAGUUAAUUGUGUUGCUUUAGGUGAUACCAAAAUUAUUUCUGGUAGUAAUGAUACAGAAAUAAGAAUUUGGGAUUUUAAUUCUGUUCAAUCAAUUCAAACACCUGUUUCUAUAGGAAUUAGACCAACUUCAGUAACUGUAAGAGGGGGAGCAAAGAAAAGAAUGAGUGGAGGGGGUAAAAAAGCAGGUACAGGAACUCGACCUAAACCUAUAACGACCGAAAAAAAUGAUGAUACGAUGUUAGCUCAGUCUUUAAGUAAAAUAGCUAACGACUAUUCUAAACAAGUUCAACAAUUUGGACAAAAUACUCCCGAAGGUCAAGCAGCUUAUAAAAAGUAUGUAGAUACGAUGCAGGCUUUAGAACAACAUAAACGAAAUAAUCAACUCGGUAAUAUUACGUUUACUCCGGCAGUGAACAAACAGAUUUCUUCACCUGCAUCUACACCUUCACCUCACCAAAUUCCUCGAAUUAUUUCUUCUACAAUAUCAACAGAAUAUAAUAAUAUACAAACCAUUCAACAAUUAAGAAAUGAAUUAUAUCGAGUUACAAAUUUAUUACAACAAGACAAUUUAGUACCUACAAUGAAAGCAGAUUUAGUGAAUAGAGCGAAUAUAUUAAAUCAAUUAUCUUCAAAAUUUAAUUCUACUAAUUCAAAUACUGGAACUAUUCAACAACAACCACCACCACAACACAUGUCACCUCAAUCACCUUAUAAUUCACCUCGAGUCAUAUGCAAGAUGGUUCUAUGA